AUGCUUCUUCAAUUGCUGUGGACGUUAUCGCUAGAUUGGGAUGAAGAUGUACCGGGCGAGGUACAGACGAGGUGGAAAGGUUUCGCUUCGGAACUGCCUGAUUUGUCAUCGUAUCGUAUCAGCCGCUACGCAUUUGGUGAAGGUGAUAUACAAUUACAUUGCUUUGCAGACGCAUCGGAGGCUGCGUAUGGAACAUGUGUUUAUGCUCGAUCGGUCAAUGCAUUAGGAGGAGUGAAGGUUGAGCUCAUCGCAUCAAAAUCGAGGGUAGCCCCACUAAAACGACGCAGCAUCCCACGGCUGGAAUUAUGUGCGGCACAACUUGCUGCACAUCUUUAUGAGAAAGUUUAUUCAGCUUUAGAUAUGAAGUUUUCGUCAGUAUGGUUUUGGUCGGAUUCUACUGUGGUUCUACACUGGCUCAGUUCGCCCCCUCACACCUGGAAGACCUUUAUUGCGAACAGAGUAGCAGACAUCCAAGAAACAACCCGUGGUGGCAAAUGGUGUCACGUUCCUGGUGCAACCAACCCGGCUGAUUUAGUUUCCCGCGGUAUGACAGUGGAGCAGUUAGUGAAUAGCAGUGUAUGGAGACAUGGACCACAUUGGAUGCAGGGGGAAUUGGAUGACUGGCCGAAACAGAACUGGAUAACAUCGACCACACACUCGGAUGAAGAACUGGAACGCAAACACUCUGUCCUUACUAUUCAAACCCCAACGCCACCCAACCCCUUAGUAGCCCGUUUUUCGUCCUAUCUUAGAAUGGUACGUACGACCGCGUAUUGCCUGCGGUUUUUUCAUAAUGCUAGAGGCGGAAAACGAUCAACUUCUACAGUAUUAUUGGUUCACGAAUUGGAGCGAGCAAAAACGGUUCUGGUAAAGAUCGUACAAAGGGAAUGCUUCGAUCAAGAAUUGAAACAACUCAAGCAAGGCAAAAAUGUUACCAAGCGGUCCAGUUUGAAGCUUUUGAAUCCGUUUGUCGAUUCUUCUGGCCUAAUUCGAGUUGGUGGCCGGCUCAGACUGUCAGAUGAGAUUUAUAGUACCCGGCACCCAAUAUUACUACCUGGAUUUCAUCACUUCACUCGCCUACUCCUAAUGUCGUAUCAUCUUCAACUGCUUCAUGGGGGAAUCGCGCUCACGCUCGCAGUUGUUCGAAACGAAUAUUGGCCAAUAAAUGGGAAACGAGCUGUACGCAGCACAAUUCGUCGUUGCUAUAGUUGUGUUCGUGCCAAUCCGCAGCCAAUAAAGCAACCUAUGGGACAGCUUCCGCAUGCGCGAGUUACCCCUAGCCGCCCAUUCUCUCGCACUGGUAUUGAUUAUUGCGGUCCAGUGUAUAUUAAAUCCACUAAUCGUAAAACCGCUCCAGCGAAGGCCUAUAUAGCUCUGUUCGUGUGUUUCAGCACGAAGGCUGUACACAUUGAACUUGUUGGAGAUUUGUCCACGUCUGCCUUUAUGUCUGCUUUAAGACGCUUCGUUGCUAGACGAGGUCGACCCGAACAUCUUUUUUCGGAUAAUGCCACAAAUUUUAUAGGCGCGAAAAACGAGCUUCAUGCCCUUUAUAAAAUGCUUACUAACCACACCGAAAUAGAUCGUAUCGCUACCAGUCUCGCAACGGAGGGAAUCACAUGGCACAUGAUACCCCCACGUGCCCCAAAUUUCGGUGGCCUCUGGGAGGCAGCCGUGAAGGUGGCCAAGCGUCACCUCGUUCGUCAAUUGGGCAACACCGUAUUGUUCUACGAAGACUUGCUGACGAUUCUAGCGCAGAUAGAGAGCUGUAUGAAUUCCCGCCCGCUUGUUUCUCUAUCGGAGGAUCCCAACGAUCUGCACGCCCUAACGCCAGGGCAUUUUCUUAUUGGUGCUUCUCUCCAAGCCAUCCCUGAUCCAGAUUGGAGGGAGGUACCGAUAAAUCGAUUGAAUCGAUUCCAGUUCGUCCAGCAGAAAGUUCAGCACUUUUGGUACCGAUGGAGAAACGAGUACCUGAAAGAACUCCAACGACAAGCUACAGUAAACCCAGAAAAGGUUAACCUUAAGGUUGGCCAGGUGGUGAUCCUGCAAGACGAGCUUUUACCUCCAAUGCGGUGGUCAUUGGCUCGAGUUGAAGAAAUUUUUCCUGGAAAAGACGACGUUUCACGAGUGGUGGUUCUGCGAACGCCGUCCGGAACAUUCAAGCGACCCGCCUCCAAGGUGUGUCCGUUACCUGAUACGUUCGACGAGGAUGAAGAAGUCAGCGCAACCCUCAACCAAGCUGACGACAUCAUUUGUUCAUCAAAUUAG